UGUACGUAGGUAAAAAGGUUUUCCUUAUUGGACAAUUUCCUGGUACCUGGUAGCUCAAACGCAAGAUUUUUUUUUUAUUGAGACUAAGAGACAAGAAUUAACAAUCCCAGAAAAUACAUAAACAUGGAUAAACUGAAGAAAGUCUUAAGUGGACAGGAUAAUGAGGAGAGAAAUGACUUCGAACAGGUGAUAGAAUCAAACUCUCUAAGCUUCGGUACAAGAAUAAAAGCCUUUAUUGCUUGUUUUGUAACUGGAAUUGUUUGCUCUGUUAUGGGCACUUGUCUUUUAUGGGUACCAAUAAAGGGAACAAUUCUUUUUGCAAUUUUUUAUACUCUUGGAAAUAUUUCUUCAAUCGGCAGCACAAUAUUUCUCAUGGGACCUAUGAAGCAGUUAAAAAGAAUGUUUGAAAGCACUCGUUUGAUAGCAACUGUUGUGAUGUUGGUUUGUAUGUCGCUUACUUUAUGUUCUGCCUUUUGGUGGAAGAUCAAAGGGCUUGCGCUAUUGUUCUGCUUAUUGCAGUUCGUGGCAAUGGCAUGGUACAGCAUUUCCUUUAUCCCAUUUGCAAGAAACUUUGAAAGGAAAUGAAAAAGGCCUGAAAACAUGCUAAUUUGCGGAUGCAGUGAAAAAGUGUUUCACAUUGUGUGUUUCGUAAAAGGACCUUGAUCCCAUGAAAGAUUUUUUCAUCAAACAUAGCUUUUCAGUUUUAUACAAAAAUGUUAUAAAUGUAUUUUGUGUUUAUAAGGGGAACUGUCAAAUUUGUGAUAAAACUAAAACCAUAAAAUUUUUAUUCAAA